AUGUCUGGUUCCGGUUACGACGCCGUCGUCGAUGUUGACGAUGAGGGCGACCUCGGACAUACCGAUCUUCAAGAAGACCUCGAGUUCCAUACGUCUAACUUCAAUGAUACAAACCCCAACACCCGCAAACCUCCCUCCAGCGGCAGCGGUCUUCCUCCACCAGCGACGGCCUCGACCGGCUCCGGCUCAUCCAAGCGCUUCCUCUGGAGCAUGAACUUUUAUGCGCAAUUCUUCGAUGUCGACACCUCAGCUGUUCUGUCCCGUUGCUGGGCUGCUCUGUUUCCCAGGGCCAACUUCCUCGACGUUCUAGAGGGCAACCCUGAUCUGUACGGACCUUUCUGGAUCGCCACGACGGUCAUUUUGAUCCUUUUCCUGGGCGGCACCAUUAGCCAGUAUAUGUCGGAUACGGGCAAGGGGCCAUUCCUCUAUGACUUCAAGCUGCUAAGUGGCGCUGCUGGCCUCAUCUACGGCUACACUCUCUUCAUUCCUAUGGCUCUGUUCCUCGCCCUCCGUUACUUCGGCAGCGAAUCUGCCAAUCUCCUCGAGUGCUGGGCUCUGUACGGCUACUCCAACCUGAUCUGGGUCCCCGUUGCCCUCAUUAGCUCAUCACCUAUCUCCAUACUCAACUGGGUCUUUGUCGGUAUUGGUUUCGGAAUCUCGGUUGCGUUUUUGUUGCGAAACCUUUACCCUGUGCUCAGCGCCACAGAUCGCCAGGUCAGCAAGGUGCUGCUGGUCGUUGUGGUGCUGCUACACGCUGGUCUGGCCCUUGCGAUCAAGAUCCUUUUCUUUGCUCACGGUAGCCCCGUGGCCAGCAAGCCGGACGAGGGUAAAGGUAGCAGCAUGUUUUAA